AUGUCGCUUCUGUCCGCAGCCGCCGCUACCUUCUUAGCAGGCUUGGUGCUGUACUCUCUGUGUGGUGGUCUAUUCUUCGGUGCUCUUGCUCGAAUUCCAGGCCCCAAAGCGUUUGCUUUGACACAGUUGAGAUUGAUGUACGAAGACUACCAAGGCACGCGCACUCGCAAGAUUAAUGCCCUUCAUCACAAAUAUGGAGCCGCUGUUCGUGUCGGGCCAAACGAGGUAGUCUUCAAUAGUCUAUCAGCACUGCGUACAAUUUAUGGAGCUGGAAGUGGGUUUGAGCGAACCAGCUUCUAUCAAAUGUUCAAUGUAUAUGGACGUCAAAAUAUGUUCUCUUUCCACACAGUCAAGGAGCAUGGCGAACGUAAGAAGCUUUUUGCGCAUGCCUACGCCAAAUCUGCGAUGCUUAGAGGUCCCACUGCUGCAUUGGUCGAGAACAAGGUGAAGCUGUUUUUGGAACUCCUCCAACGAGAAACACAGACAAGCGAGAUAUUUUCGACUCUCCAUUUCUUCUCAUUGGAUACCAUCACAGAGUUCCUCUACGGCAAGUUUGGCAAGACUUCGUGCUUGGAAGGAAAGGCAAAAGACCGCGAACUUCUUGACGAUGUCAUCGAUAUCGCUCGUCGUAAGCUGUCAUGGUUUGCAGUCCAUUUUCCGGCGUUCACGGACUGGCUUUAUUCAAGAACUGGCAUCAUGGGCUAUAUCGCAAAAAUGUUUUACCCGAUGCAGGAGCCUACCACCUACACUGGCAUCCGGCUGCAUGCGAUGAAAGCCUGUCUGGCCUAUUCCCAGGCCUCUCCGCAGGAGAAGGAAGACCAAUCGCCCUUGAUUGCCAAAAUGUGGAAACACCAUCGGUCCGAGAAAGAAAGCGGCAUUGACGAUAUUGAAAUUGCGGCAGAAUGUGCUGAUCAUCUUCUUGCUGGCGUUGACACAACCAGCGAUACCUUGAUGUUCCUUAUUUGGUCUCUGUCUCGACCGGAGCAUAAGAAAUUCCAAGAAAAGCUCAUCGAGGAAGUUCAAAAGCUUCCCGAGGAGGAUCUCAACAGCGAAGGAAUUCCAACCACAAAGGCCAGCGCCAAUUUGGUAUAUGUUGAUGCAGUCAUCACAGAAACACUUCGGCUGUACGCUCCUUUGCCAGGAUCGGAGCCACGAUCGCUUCCCGUGUCAACGACGAUUGAUGGGUAUGCUAUUCCAGCAAGGACGCAUGUCUCCAUGUCUCCAUACUGUCUGCAUCGCAACGCAGAGGUUUUCAAAGACCCGCUGAAGUUCAACCCGGAUCGCUGGCUUGAUGCUUCACUAGAGAUGAAGAGGUGGUUCUGGGCUUUCUCCAGUGGAGGGAAAAUGUGUAUUGGGAUGCAUCUUGCAAUGGCAGAAAUGACUACGCUUGUCGCUGCUAUCUACCGCACAUAUACAACUACUACCAAAGAUGAUUUUGAUGUGAUCUCACCCGGUAUCACGAGUCGCUAUGAGGUUUUCUAUGAUGAAACCUGUCGUGGAAUGCGCGAACAUAAAUGCUAUGUUGAUUUCGUGCCUCAGUAG